GUAGGUCCAGCUGGAAAUUUGUCCUGCUUCCAAAAACUCCUCUCAGGAAAUGACAUUUCCUACAAACGCUUUAGUGAAGAGGGGAGUGAUUAAGGCAAAGAGAGAAAGAGAGAGCCAGAGAAAAGAAAGAGUGAGGGAGAGAGGGGUGUUUCUAACUGGGAACAGAGCACGCACUGUUUCACAUUACUCACACAGACACACAUAUACACACACACACACACACACACUCUUACACACACACAUACGCACGGUGAGAAGGAGAAAGGGAGAGAAAAGGGGGAGAAAAUACCAGGCACUUUCUUCUUGUGCUUGUUUAGCUGGGUGUAUGGAGCCUGUGGGUCUGCAAAAUGAAACUCUCAUGUGUUCUGAUAGUUCUCCUGACUAAGGCCUUCAUUGAAGAGUUGGCUGAGGCUCUGAACGUGUCAGUGACCCCUGGGCCGGUCAGUAUGUGUAUGGAGGAAGAGAAUAUCACCCUGUCCUGUCUGGUGUCUCAGAGGAAAAGGACCAGCAGUGUUCUGGUUCUGCGCUGGCUCUACUUUCCCACGCCCGAAGACGAGCGCCUGGUGGUGAAGAUGAACUUCAAGAAGGCCAAGUUUUAUGGAAACUACAGCAAAAGCUUCGGCCGGCCCAAGUUUCACAUGUGGGAGGAGAUGGAGGGGCAGGUGUACAGUCUGCUGAUCCUUAACGUAUCCAGAGAAGACAGAGGCAAUUACACCUGUAAAGUGCAGGAGAUACGCAAACAGAGAGACAAGUGGAGGGCCUCGUCCAACGGCACAGGGAGCAUGGAGCUUCGAGUGCACUAUAUAACAGCCUCAGAGAGCACGGAUGAUAUAUGGCGCUUGUUUCAAGAUCUGUAUCUGUGUGCUGUGUUCAUCUGCUCUCUUGGUCUUCUUUGUAUGCUUAUCUUCGCUGUGUUCAUCACAUGCCAGCACAUACAGCGCAAACAGCGACUAAAAGCGAGUUUCUAUUUGGUGAAGUGCUCUGAGAGCAGCUCUGGGGAAACAGUGACCAGUGUGGCCAGCUCAGAGGCCAGCUCGCCUGGAAUGCACAGGAAAGAGAAGAGACACAAAACAUCGCCCAAAUACAUCACUGCACCACCUCCACAAAUACCAAGGAAAGCUCCAAAUAAGCCGCGCAGAACCAAACUUCUAAAAGCUCAGCCUAAAAGAGCGUACACGCCGAGGGUGGCAGAUGACAGCCUGACAUAUGCUGAGCUGGAGCUGGUCAAACCGUUGCCUGAAGCUAAAGCCAGCAGCAGCGGCGGCUCAGUUACUGCACAGCUGGAUCCCAAUGCAAACGGCACAGGAACUGUAUACGCCCAGAUCCUCUUUGUGGAAAAGCAAGUGUGAACGCAGCUGAGACUGUUCUGAACCAGAAUUAUUUAUGAGAUCUCAGUUCACUAUUGUGUGUAUGUACAGUAUGUUUGACUGAUUAUUUAGCAGUUUUGCAUAAAUAAUUUCUGUUAUAAUGGUACUGGUAAAACAUCUGGCAGAUGUGUGUUUUAUUUCAUUUCUUUUCUACUUCUAGGGCACAUUCAGCACUGUGCCUGUGAGCUCAUGGUGUAUUUUUUAAAUCUAAUGAUAUACAACUAGAUGUGUUACAUUUAUUCUUUUUGUUAAAAAAAAGACAAUAAGAAAGAAAGGAAAGAAAGGAUCACGAGUGGCACAGCCAUCUGAGUGCUGGCAAUAUUAUUGGGAGAUUGCUGGCUCGAUCCCCAGUGAUCCCAAGCCAUCUGUGGAUGUGUAUCACAAAGAGCGCAGGACUUGGCCUUUUUCUCUCUCUGGGGGUGCGUGGAAUGGCCCUCCCUCUCCCCCAUAAAACACAGACUGGUAACAGAACUCUGGUGUGUUCAGCUGGCAAUAAAGUUGUGAUAGGAGGAAUUUAGAAACAUGCUAAAAAAGAAGCUACUGGGUGAUAAUUGGUCAUGAUUGAAAACAGGAUUACAAUUGUACAAAUAAAAACAUAUAUUAUACAGUGAUUGAUGCAUAUAUAUCUGAUCUGUAUGUUAUCCCAUUUUUUUUCUAUUUGAGAUUCUAUUUGACAUUCACCACUGUGUCUGUGAACUGAAGAUAUACAUUUUUCUUUUUUUUUUACAAAAUAUAAUUUGCAAUAUUGUUGGAUUUAAUUAAAUAUACUGUACGUAUUUAAUUCUGAUUAUAUUGGUAAAAUGUAUAAUAUAAUGUGUGUGAUAGUAAAGAUUUUCAGCUUUUCAAA